GCUGCAUCAAGUGCACGCAUCAAUGAAUCGACCAAUCAGGUGGCAGAAUGCAUUGAUUUGAUCUGUGACGAUGUUGAACCAUCACCAGAAGUUGACAGCGAUCAAACUGAGCGAAAUGCUGUGCGACAAGGAGGAAACCAGCGACGAAAGAGGAAAAUUGCUGAUGCAACGACGUCGGAUGGCGGUGCGAAGAAGAGACGAAAAACGGGCCUACGAUCGACACUGAAAACCAUUCCGGAAUCGACUUCAGAAGUGACAUUGAUUGACCUGACAUUGAACGAGAUCGAGAGUGCUGAACAAGCGAGCAGUAUCAGCAGUCAACCAGUUCGAGAGGACGGUGCUGACCCGAACGGAGUUGAAAAACCAAGCGCAUCGACAUCGAACGCGAAACAGGUGGCAAAGAAGAAGGGUGAUAUUGGAAAAAGCGAAGGUGAAAGCGGAUCGAAGGGACAUAAGUACGCAUUUUGUGGGUACACAGCCCCAUGUGAAUCGCAUCUUGUCAUACACACGCGCUUUCACACCGGCGAAAAAUCAUUCAAAUGCGAAUUUUGUGCGAGAGGAUUUAUUAUAAAGAGUAUUCUCACAAGGCACAUGAGGACCCACGCGAAUGACUUCCCAUUCCAUUGCUCGAUUUGUCGACAAGGAUUCAAGGUGAAGAAGGCGAAGGAAGCGCAUGAAAAGAGCUGCGAUCAACGUCGAUUCGAAUGCUAUCUGUGCAAAUAUUCCACCUCAUACAAAUCACAUUUAGUUAAGCAUAUGCGCAAACACACCGGCGACAAACCAUUCAAAUGCGAAUUUUGUGCGAGAGGAUUUACUGUCAAGAGUUCGCUCACAACGCACAUGAGAACCCACGCGAAUGACUUCCCGUUUCAUUGCUCGAUUUGUCGACAAGGAUUCAAGGUGAAGAAGGCGAAGGAAGCGCAUGAGAAGAGCUGCAAUCAACGUCGAUAUGAAUGCUAUUUGUGCAAAUAUUCUACCUUAUACAAACCAAGUUUAGUCACACAUAUGCGCAAACACACCGGCGACAAACCAUUUCGUUGCUCUCAUUGUUCAGAACGAUUCGUCCAAAAAAGUAAUUUAAAUCAGCACAUGAAACGUCACCACAAUAAAACGAAAUGAUUUUGGUAACGCAUUCAAAAGACGUUCCACCGUCGAAAGAUAUCAAAAGACACGUUGAAUGUUGUUUUUGUGAUUGUAUCACAUUCGGAAAUGUAUGUUUAUCACUUGCUUGUGCAUAAAAGAAAAGAAUCUCAUAAAAUUUGUUGAUGAAAAUCAGCUCAAAAAUUUUACAGUUAAGUUUAUUUGAUUGAAUGAAAAUCGAAUUGGAACAAAGUUCCAGACACAGAAAUAUCCAAAUCGAAGAAUUGCCACAGAAAAAAUUUGAUAUGAAUGAAUAAAGUGAUAGAAGUUAAAGCAUGAA